UCUCUCUCCCCUCCGCGCCUCCUCCGUGUCGCCGAUCCGCGGGGUCUCGGUGCGCUCAGACGCGCUCGGCGUUCAGACUCGUACGCACCCCCAGAUGGCCCCCCAGCAGCGGGACUGCGCUACCCAGACGACCAGCCCCGGCUCCAGGCGUCCCUAGCGAAGGCAGGACCCCCGCAGCCUCCUCCUGGAAUACCGCAUUGUUUAGAUUUUUCCAGCCAGAGACACAGAGAGGUGAUGAUGCUGAUGAUGCGCCCGCGAUGGUGGAUUUCCCUUUUGUGCGUCUGUGGAUUGAUGCACGUCGGUCACCAGAGCAGCCCAGACGCCCCGAACGGAGACGCCUCGUCGAGCCUGAAGGCGCUUCGUGAUGCGAGCAGGUUCGUGGGGAAGCAGGACACGGUGCCGCUCCGGCUGCUCUACAGCCGCCACAACCACAGCCAGAUCAGCCAGGACGAGCUGAGCACCAGGGUGAAAGCCGCCUCCAGCAGCGGCUCGGCGCAGAUGAACCACGUGGCCCAAGUCAGCUUUCAGGUCGAUGCUUUUGGGAGAAAAUUCGUUUUGGAUGUGGAACUGAAUCAUGAUCUGCUGUCUUCGGGCUACGUGGAGAAGCAUCUGUCAGAAAACGGGAAGACUGUCAUCACCAACGCAGAGCACUGCUACUACCAGGGGAAGGUCCGAGACGUUCCUCACUCCUUUGUGGCUCUUUCCACCUGCCAUGGACUGCAUGGGAUGUUUUUCGACGGCAAUCACACCUACAUGAUUGAACCUGGAGGACAAGGCAGCAGCAGCAGCAGUAGCAGCAGCAGCAGCGGAGACGUUCGCAUCCACAUGAUCUAUAAAUCUGCAGGUCAGGAGAUCCUCAGCGAUCUGCUCGGAGGUGAUCUACCGGAGCCUCCAUUUCCCAGCCCUCCAUUUCCAGGAUCCAGAGUCGUUCACAGGAGGAAAAAGAGACAAGCUCCACAAGCUUCGCGGAGUGUCGACGAUGAGACCAAAUACAUCGAGCUGAUGGUGAUCAACGACCACCUAAUGUACAAGAAACAUCGGCUCUCCGUCGGCCACACGAACAACAAAGCGAAGACGGUGGUCAAUAUAGCCGACAUGAUUUUCAGGGAGCAGCUCAACACCCGGAUCGUGCUGGUUGCCAUGGAAACCUGGUCGGCCGACAACAAGUUCAACAUCGACGACGACCCCAUGGUGACCCUGAAGGAGUUCAUGAAGUACAGGAAGGACUUCAUCAAGGAGAAAUGCGACUCCGUUCACCUCUUCUCAGGGAAUCGCUUUCAUAGCAGCUGGGGUGGAGCGUCCUACAUGGGGGGAGUUUGUUCUCUCACUAAAGGAGGUGGAGUCAAUGAGUACGGGAAAACGGAUGAGAUGGCCAUAACCCUCGCUCAGUCUCUGGGACAGAACAUCGGCAUUUUCUCUGACAAGAAGAGGAUCCUCAACGGUGAAUGCAAGUGUGAUGACCGCUGGACCGGCUGCAUCAUGGACGACAUUGGUUUCUACCUGCCCAAGAAGUUCUCCGACUGCAACGUGGAGGAGUACCACAACUUCCUGAACAGCGGCGGAGGAGCCUGUCUGUUCAACAAACCUCUGAAGCUGCUCGACCCUCCAGAAUGUGGCAACGGCUUCGUGGAGCCUGGAGAAGAGUGCGACUGCGGCAGCCCAGCGGAGUGUGCCAGAGAAGGCGAUCAAUGCUGUAAGAACUGCACCCUGACUCAAGGCUCCAACUGCAGCAACGGACUCUGCUGCAACAACUGCCAGAUGGAGUACAUGGGCGUCGUGUGCCGAGACGCGGUGAACGACUGCGACAUCCCGGAAAACUGCACCGGAAAUUCCAGCCAGUGUCCGCCAAAUGUGCACAAGAUGGACGGUUACACGUGUGAAAAAGACCAAGGUCGCUGCUUUAACGGGAGGUGCAAAACCAAAGACAGACAGUGCAAGUACAUCUGGGGAGAGAAGGCGACGGCGGCCGACAAGUUCUGCUACGAGAAGCUCAACAUCGAGGGGACAGAAAAAGGCAACUGUGGGAAGGACAAGGACACGUGGAUCCAGUGCAACAAACAGGAUGUUCAUUGCGGAUACCUGCUGUGCUCCAACAUCUCGCCUGCCCCCCGACUGGGGGAGCUACAGGGAGGACUGACCUCCUUCUCAGUGGCCCGGCACAGCGCUUCUCUGGACUGCAGCGGCGCUCAUGUUGUGAUCGACGGAGACUCUGACCUGGGAUACGUGGAGGAUGGAACGGCCUGCGGAACCGACAGCAUCUGCUUCAACCACAAAUGCCUCCCGGUCCAACAGUUCAACUUCAGCACCUGCCCCGGAACCACGGACAAAAGCGUCUGCUCCGGACAUGGGGUGUGCAGCAAUGAGCUGAAGUGUGUUUGCCACCUGGGCUGGGCAGGAGAGGACUGUAACUCCAUGUCUCCUUUCAGCUAUCCAGUGGUGGGACCUACUGCUUCAGUUUCAGGUAUCACCAGCACCAACAUCAUCAUCGGGGCCAUCGCCGGCUCCAUCCUCUUCCUCGCCCUGAUCCUGGCCGUCACAGCCUGGUGCUUCAAGAGCUACAAGCAGAAACGUUACGAAGAGUCUGAAGUUCAUCGAAGAUUCUGCCGACAAAUGCCUCCAGGCGACUACGUCACUAAGCCUGGAGACGCCGACUCGUUCUACAGCGACAUGCCUCCAGGCGUCAGCACCAACUCCGGCUGCAGCUCCAAGAAGAGAUCUAACGGACUUUCCCACUCAUGGAGCGAGAGGAUUCCAGACGCCAAACACAUCUCUGACAUCUGUGAAAAUGGAAGACCGAGGAGCAACUCGUGGCAAGGAAACCUGAGCGGUAAUCGUAAGAAACUGAAAGGAAAGAAGUUCCGCGCUCGUUCUAACUCCACAGAGUAUUUAACCCCUCGCUUCAAAACAGAGUUUUAUGAUGUAACUAAAUGGGUAGAAGAUGUGAAUAGAAACACUCAAGGACCUUACCUUAGGACACUAUCCCCUGCCAAGUCUCCCACCUCCUCUACAGGAUCUAUUGCAUCCAGCAGGAGAUACCCCUACCCCAUGCCCCCUCUCCCCGAUGACCAGAGGAAAGCCAACAGGCAGAGCGCCAGGCUGUGGGAGACCUCAAUAUAACAGCCCGCUCUGCAAAAAGACCUUAAAGAACUCCACUUGUCUCUCCUUUUCUAUGAAUGAAAAACACAAAAAUGAAACACAAUUGACUCUAAGCGACUAAAGAGAAAGCGAGAGAGCCCCCCACCUGGACAGGAAACAGGCAGAGGUGUGUCAGCGAGUCUCCGAGGUUGUCUUUCCAAGAUGGCCGAUCUUCUACGAGAUGCUGCGGAGCGCCGGCGGAGAAUCCAGCUCCACAUCGGCUCCAGACCAGCUGGAGCUCGGACCGAGCUGUUCCUGAACCCCCCACCACCAUUACCACCACCACCACUUCGCCCCCCCCCACCCCACCCAACCAACACUGUAUGCAUGUACGAGACGACCCUGUUUAUCAGCAGCCUGACUAACAAGACGGUGUGAUGUGAAAGGAAAGCAUGUGAGGGGGUGGCCAUUUUAUACCUUCUGUAGGCUUCCUCUCCACCGACCCAUAACCUAUCACCAGUUAUAACCCACAACCCUCCCCGGCCUCCUCGAUUUGUUCGUGUGUGUGUGUAAAUAUGUACAGGGAAAUACACACAGAGUAUGUUUUUUUGCUUUUAUUUUGAGAAGAGCAAUGUCUUUUUUCCUGCUGCGUAAAAGGAAGCGGAUCUCUGUAGAUAAGUUUCUAUUUUUUUGUCCUAAUUAUUUCUGUGACCUCUUUAGCUUUUCUCCAUCCACAGCAGAAUGUAAUUGUGUUUUUUUUAAUCUUCUAGCACUAUCUUCAUCCAUCUUUGUGAAGAAACACACAGACGUCCGUCGAUUGUGGCACACUACCGAGGUGGUUCUUGACAAGUAUUAUUUUAGCAAAGUUUUAAAUAGUUUUCUGUGCCAAUUCCAUUACGUGAAAUGAGAGACGUGUUUGGUGUAGUUAUAGACCAUGUGCCACUCGUGUGGUUUUGGAAAUUUCCCCGACCAGAUUGUGCUUAGUCUCCCCCCCACCCCGAUUCAUUUGGAUUUUUGAGAGAGGUGAAUGAGAGAAGCUGGCGAGCUGGAAAUUGUGGUUGCAUUUUGGAUUUUAGCUGUGAUGACUGAGAUAUUUAGCCUUGUAAAUGAUAAAAACUAUGCUGUACAGUGCUUGCUGUUUGAGCUUGUGGAGACCAACAGCAUGACAAGUUCUAUAUCAAAUUAAGUUAUUUCUCUGGUAGGCUACUUGUGAGACCAUAACGGGAAUCAAGCAUGUCACUGAAAGACUUUUUCCCCUUUUGUUGCCUAUUCCUGUUGUCUUAAUGGAUUUGUGUACAACAGGCUGCACUGGUUUAAAAACUACUGGAGGUUUUUGUGUUUUUUGACUAAAGUCGUGCCAGUGUAGCUAUUUAAGAUGGAUUUCUUGGAAUCCCCAACAGCAAGUUCUUUGUACAGUUCUGAAACUGUUGUCUUAAGGCCUCAUGUUUGUCAUUUUACUGUUGUUUAGCUUUCGUUCCAGUGUGGGCACUUUUACGUUUGUAAUUCAUGUAUGCAUUAGGACUGUAUAGGUAAUACGAUCUUUACAAUAUUGGACUAAUAUUGCUACUAGUACCUUUUAUUUUCAAAUUUUAUUUUACUAAGUACCUUUGUAACAUUCACUUUUCUCCUCAGCGUUAUGUACAGACACUAUUCAGACAGUAAUUAAGUGCAUUAUUGUAAUGAUGUGAGUUUGAAUGGAGACUUUUUUAUGUCCCGGGGCCAAUAGCAGCUGUCGUUCCUUUGGCAUGUGCUGAUCUGUAUGAUCCUAAGGUUCGGACACAUGUUGUAAAAAUGUCUGGGCUCGUGAUUUUGCCUUUCUGCCGGAGCUUUUUUGGUCUUCAGCGGUCCCGGUUCGUGUUCCUGGGCAACCCAAGGCCGAGGAGAGUGAAUCUUUUUAACAUCAUGUGCUACAGUGGGAUGUUCUUCUCAGACUUUGCACAAUCUGAGGACUCUCCUUCGAGGACGGGGCUGCAGUAAUUCCUGUGAUUGUACAGCUGUAUCCGCCUGGACCGACCAAUCUGAACAGGACGGCGCUGUUCCGGUUCCGUCCGGCCAGAGACUUGAAUGUAUUUGUGUACCGGAGUGAACCAACUACCCGGUCUCAGCCCGACUCAUCGGCACACUCCUCCAGGAACCUUAAAACUUUCCCUAUAUGUACUAAUUCAAAUACUGCAGUUGUUCAUUUUUUAUUUUCCAAGUUUGCCUGUAUGCUGUACAGACUGACGAUGCAAAAAUCGAUCCCCAUAUUUUUUCUCCCCUCUUAAUCAUUCAGUAUUGUAGUAUAUUUAAUAUAAAAUAAAACUUUCAUCAACA